AUGACGGCGUCGUCGGCGGGGUUGGUUUAUGUAGCGGCCAUCAUGGCGGUCGUCGGAGCUGCCGUCGGAUCCGCCGUCGAGGUCUCGCCGUCCGUCAACACGGCUGAGCUGCUGCACGGCCACCUGAUGGCACGCUCGGCCAUCAGUCUGCAGCCGUUCCGGGGCGACCUGGCCGGCGUGGCUGCCGAUGCGAUCACACAGUCGUCGGACUCGUCCAGGCAGUACGAGGUCAACGGCGACACAUUUAUGGAUUUUGCGACGGCAGCAUCCCGGGCCUGUGAUAACCAGCACAACAGCUGUGCGGACGCGGCCAACCGCCAGACUGCGGUCAACGUGACGGUGUCGGACUGCGACACGCAGAACACCGAGUGCAAGGCAGUCGCCGCAUCGGCAACACAGACGGCCUUUCCGGUGCUGACGACCUCAAACACCGAGUUUGACUUUUUCUGCGACCAGUGA